AGCCGGCUGGGUGUAUGCGCGUUCGGGUGCCGGGGUUGCUGCAGCGGCAGAGGCUGCCCUGGGGUGUGGGGAGCCGCCGCCGCCGCCGCCGCCGCCGCAGGAAGGAGGGGCUGCAGUCGCUCCCCGGACCAAAGCGGGUACGAUCCUGUCAAGCAUGUUGCGCAGGACUUGGUGAAAAGAGUCGGGGCUCCCCCCCACCCCGAAGCAGAGCUGCGAGGUUUUAUGUAUAGGAGACACUUAAGUCUGGGAGCCAGAGCAGCACAUCCCCAUGACAAUGAAUUAAGACAACAUGGCCGGGGCUGCAUGUAUUUCCUGAUUCUGCAAUUACAUUGAACAAGUGCAAAAUUUGAGAUUAGUUAUCUUGCAAUUUUCAACUUUUCUUUGAAAACCAGAAAGCAUGCUAACGUUGUAAGAGCUGCAAGUGAAGACGACACUCUGCUGUAUUUUGACAUUUCACCAAGAUAUUGCUGUGGUCAAACAGUGAAAAGAGGCGUUUUCCCCAUGACAACAUGUCAACGAAAGAACACAGCCCCCGGCAUGGUGCAAAAUCACGCAGUAUGCAGCGGGCCUCAACUAUUGAUGUUGCUUCUGACAUGUUAGGUUUGUCUUUGUCAGGAAACAUCCAGGAUCCAGACGAGCCAAUCUUAGAAUUCAGUUUAGCUUGCAGUGAGCUGCUUACUCCAUCUCUUGAUAGAAAGCCAAAUAGUUUUGUAGCAGUGAGUGUAACUACACCUCCUCAGGCAUUCUGGACAAAACAUGCACAGACUGAAAUUAUUGAGGGAACCAGCAAUCCUAUCUUUCUCAGCAGUAUUGCCUUUUUUCAAGACUCUCUUAUUAAUCAGAUGACACAAAUAAAACUUUCUGUAUAUGAUGUUAAAGAUAGAUCUCAGGGAACUAUGUAUUUAUUGGGUUCUGUGAUCUUCACUGUAAAGGACGUACUUAAGGAGAGGAACCAUAGGUUGCAUUUAACACUAAGAUCUGCUGAAAGUGACCGUGUCGGUAACAUUACAGUCAUAGGAUGGCAAAUGGAGGAAAAAACAGACCAAAGGCCUCCUGUUACCAGGUCUCCUGACACUAUCAAUGGAAGGACUGUUCUGCCAGUUGAUGAAAGUUUAACAGAGUCUUUAGGUAUCCGAUCCAAAUAUGCUUCAUUACGGAAAGAUGUUUUGUUAAAAUCUGUUUUCGGAGGGGCCAUUUGCCGGAUGUACCGUUUCCCCACCACGGAUGGGAACCACCUGAGGAUCUUGGAACAAAUGGCAGAGAGUGUGCUCUCCCUACACAUCCCCAGACAGUUUGUGAAGCUGCUACUUGAGGAAGAUGCUGCAAGGGUUUGUGAACUCGAAGAGCUGGGAGAGCUGUCUCCUUGUUGGGAAAGUCUUCGUCGGCAAAUAGUUACUCAGUACCAAACAAUUAUUCUGACUUACCAGGAAAACCUCACAAACCUUCAUCAAUACAAAGGUCCAUCAUUCAAAGCAAGUAGCCUGAAAGCUGAUAAAAAGCUGGAAUUUGUACCCACGAAUUUACACAUACAGCGAAUGAGAGUCCAGGAUGAUGCAGGAUCAGAUCAGAAUUAUGACAUCGUAACUAUAGGGGCACCGGCUGCUCACUGCCAAGCCUUUAAAGCUGGAGGCCUGCGGAAGAAGCUGCAUAAAUUUGAAGAUGCCAAGAAGCACACUGCAACCUCUUCUCAGUCGAUAGUGUACAUACCACAGGAUAUUAUUCGAGCAAAGGAGAUCAUUGCCCAAAUCAAUACCCUGAAAACUCAAGUUAGUUACUAUGCAGAAAGACUCUCCAGAGCGGCCAAAGACAGAUCAGCCAAUGGACUUGAAAGAACACUUGCCAUUUUGGCAGAUAAGACACGGCAGCUUGUCACUGUCUGUGACUGCAAGCUGUUAGCAAAUUCUAUACAUGCACUGAAUGCCGCAAGACCAGAUUAUAUAGCCUCCAAGGCCUCUCCAACUUCUACAGAGGAAGAACAAGUGGUGCUAAGGAAUGACCAAGACACUCUGGUGGCCAGAUGGACAGGAAGAAAUAGCCGAUCUUCUCUGCAGGUGGACUGGCAUGAAGAAGAAUGGGAAAAGGUCUGGGUGAAUGUUGACAAAAGUCUUGAAUGCAUUAUUCAGAGGGUGGACAAACUUCUCCAGAAAGAGCGAUUACAAAGUGAUAGCUGCGAAGAUGUUUUCCAGUGCGACAUCAGCUGUUCUAGCAAGAAAGGUAAACGGGAUACCCGUGCAUACUGGAUAAAGCCAAACGCCUUAAAUGAGAUCUCAUCAUCUUCAUCAUCCCUACCAUCAUCUUCAUCCAUAUCAUCCUCUGCAUGCCAUUGCCCCAGAAUCACAAAUUGCAGUCCCACUCCUGAAGAGUCCAGCCCAGGUGAAUGGAGUGAGGCCCUUUACCCAUUGCUGACAACGCUCACAGACUGUGUGGCCAUGAUGAGUGACAAGGCAAAGAAAGCAAUGGUCUUUCUCUUGAUGCAAGAUAGUGCCCCUACAAUAGCUCUUUGCUUGAGCCUUCAAUACCGGAGGGAUGUUGUCUUUUGCCAAACUCUCACAGCCCUUAUCUGUGGCUUCAUUAUCAAGUUGAGGAACUGCCUGCAUGAUAAUGGAUUCCUGAGGCAGCUCUACACGAUUGGCCUGCUGGCACAGUUUGAAAGCCUUUUGAGCACUUACGGUGAAGAGCUGGCAAUGCUAGAGGAUAUGAGUGUUGGUAUAAUGGACUUGAGGAAUGUAACGUUUAAAGUAACCCAGGCCACGUCGAAUGCGUCUGCUGACAUGCUGCCCGUCAUUACAGGAAAUCGUGAUGGGUUUAAUGUGCGAAUUCCCCUGCCAAGCACCUUGUUUGAUGCGUUGCCCCGCGAGAUCCAGAGUGGCAUGUUGCUGAGAGUUCAGCCUGUUCUCUUCAACGUGGGGAUCAAUGAACAACAAACCUUAGCAGAGAAGUUUGGAGACACCUCAUUACAAGAAAUGAUUAACAUGGAAAGCUUAGUAAGAUUGAAUUCCUACUUUGAGCAGUUCAAAGAAGUUUUGCCCGAAGACUGUCUACCUCGAUCCCGUAGUCAAACGUGCCUGCCUGAACUGUUGCGGUUCCUUGGACAGAAUGUACAUGCAAGGAAAAACAAGAAUGUUGAUAUUCUUUGGCAAGCUGCUGAGAUUUGCCGCAGACUAAAUGGUGUCCGAUUUACAAGUUGUAAAAGUGCCAAGGAUAGGACUGCCAUGUCGGUGACACUGGAACAGUGUCUAAUAUUGCAACAUGAACAUGGAAUGGCUCCACAGGUCUUCACCCAAGCCUUGGAGUGCAUGAGAAGUGAGGGUUGUCGAAGAGAAAAUACAAUGAAGAAUGUUGGAUGUCGCAAGUAUGCAUUUAAUUCUCUGCAGCUGAAGGCUUUCCCCAAGUAUUACAGGCCUCCCGAAGGAACUUAUGGAAAAGUUGAAUCAUAAGAUUACUGUGUCUUGUAAUUAGUUGUUUCAUUAAAACAUGUGGAUACACUCAGCUUUAGUAUUUGAACUUUGACAACAAUGUCAGCAACAAUUUUUCUAUGUUUCACUAGGUAAUUCUGAGCAUGUAAUUUUAUUAAAUUGGAUUCCAUAGGAAAAAGGUUAUUUGCUGACCCCUUGUAACAUGAAAAUAAUGUAAUGACUGCUCACGUAACUAGCCAUCAGUGUAUGUAAGAUGCCUGAGUAUACUAUACCAUUGAUUUCUUACCUAUAUGCCUAAAUAAGAAAUAUAAUUCCCGGACUGUCAAGGAUUUUAUGAAAGAUGUUUAGGCAGCUGCUUCACUCAUCUUUUUAUACUGAUUUGAUUUGAGAUUAAGACUUUCAUAAUACUUUUUAAAACCUCAGAGUUGUAAAUAGUAAAUACAUUUGACAUGAGGCAGGUUGAGAAGUACAAGAGGCAUUAUCAUGCAGGAGAAAGUUAAGCUCAGUUUUUAAGAUAAGGCAGCACAGUAAAUAUAAGUCCAUAAGCUUAAAAUGUUUAACUUUAUUAGAACACUAUCUUAAUGGGAAGAGGUGGGCGAGAGUUGUGAUAUAAAAGGCCAGGAACUGACACGGGACCCAGUUCUACUUGGUUCAGAAACUGGAUUAGACCUAUGAUGGUUUCAUUUGAUUUGGGAAACAUCUUAUGUUUCAAUAGCUUUGAGCAGCUAGAGCUCACAGAUAAUACAUGCAAGGCCUAAGCAAGAAAUAGUAAUGCGUGAGAGUAUAAGCAGAGGAUCUGGGGUAGCAAUUAAGGUAUGUUUUUUUAUUGGCAUUACAGAUCAGAUAGGCAAGUGCAUUCUCAUUUGUUCUUUGAAGUGUGCCAGUGAGGAUUGCAGAAGCCAAGUCACCAGCACAUCUACAUCUUGAUAUGUUUCCAAUCCCAGUCAAUUUGAACCUCUUUCUGACAGUUUACUGCACACUGACAUUCAGUGAAAACCAUUAAAUGCAGAAGGUAGAACUCUAAAUCCAUUAUUGUCAUGAGUAACAGGAUCUUAUGCAAGCUUAUUUGCACAGGACAGCUGUUACAUACACGCAAGGCUUCUUCCAAGUACAUAAAAUAUUUGCUGGAUUGACAGGUAGAUCCUAUACAGAAUUUAGAUAUUCUUUAGCCCAUUGAAAUCAGUUGUUCCUUAACUUCCCAUUCUUCUCCCUUCAACUACUUCCAUUGAAAAUGGCAAUUAUUAACUAUAAACUAAGGACUCUUACAUUUGCAACAUUGUUUUAUACACAAAGUUUCCCAUGACUUUUUAUUAAUUUUCACCAAAUCAAUAUCCACAAUUGAGCAUGUUAACACUGAAUUUCAGACUAUCCCACUAUUUCAGAUUUGUUACCCAUUCUCCCCCUUUUAAAACUGCAUCAAUCUUUGCAUUAUCAGAAUGGUAUAUUGCAGGAAACACAUUUCCUUGAUUUAUUUUUUAAUGAACACUUGACCUCUAAGAUCUAGAAUGCCAUUCAUCCCAGUCCUG